GGGAAAAAAACUAUUGAUUCUUUCCGCAGCCUUCAGUCCUCCAUCGUGCGGUAUGAAGCGUCUACCUGGAUACUUACCAUCAUUACGCAAAUUUCGGUGACUUUCUUUCCCUCCCGACCUGGAUUCUACUUUAUGAUGAUUUUGGAUAUGUACCUUUGGGAUGAAGAGAACCCUUUCCCUGCCCGCCGAAGUAAGAUAAAAUAGGGUUUCGCUGACACUGGAGUUACUCUUCUCGUUCCAUAUGAAGAAGUCAAACAUUUGGAUAUGCACCUGUGUCCAUUUAUUGCUGUACAUGACUGUUGCUGCCUAUUCCAGUGAAAUAGGAAAUCCCAUUACAGAUGACAUCAAGAAGAUUUCUUUGUUGAAACAGAAUAUUCCAAAAGACUACAAGAUUACAUUACGUUAUAUACCUAAAGAAGUGAGUGGUAUGUGCUGGGUGAAGCUAAAUGUAUUUCACUUGGAGGUGAGCUUAAAAGGCCUGGCGCAGAAGUUUGGGAACAUAUCCUCCAAUAAAGAUAAUAUAGGCACUUUGGUCCAAAUACUGCAAGAGAUGCGGUAUCACAUUGGACAUGGCUUGGAGGAUUCAAUGCUAGAAUUCGAUUGUCACUACGUAAAUGAGAUGUGGCUUACGGCAAAGUAUUUUGAAUUUGUGGAGGACUUUUUCAACACUGCCAAUUUGUCAAGGGAUAUUGAGGAUUGUGAGCCCCCACCAUGUCCCACAUCCACAAAAACAACAGUAACGACAACUACAACAGCGUCGACAACGUCAGCGCAACAUAGUACAAAUGAGAAACGUAACGGUUUGCCUGAUGACCCCGAAAAAGGGGCAUUCCUUCCGAAAGUUGUGCAGAGCAGUCUUAUGUCGCUCCUAGUCAUCCCGUUCAUCGCCGUGGUGGUGUUUCUGAUGAUCUGGAAGAUUAAAUCUAGAAGAAACGCCCCUCAAACUGAACGAAGUCCGGAAGAAGGUCCCGCCCUUUUCUCAGGAGAGGAAGCCAAUAUACCCCCAUUAGAUGUGGAGAUAUCUGAAAAAAACAGAUUAAAUAUUAUCAUGUCAGUGUAAAUCCAGCCCCAGCUUAACCAGCGCAGUCACUCCUUCAGACGGCACAAUGGACAGGAACAAACAAGCACCACCUCCGAAAGAUUCUCUUACUGAACUUCUAGUUGUGAAGGACGCAUACUGGCCUGAAACGCAACAAACUGCUCUUUGAGAACUGAUGCCCUCUCUUAUCAACUACUGCUGAGCCCUUUGGGGUAGAUAAGGUUGCUCCUUCUGAGAGUCACUCUUCAUGCUCUUCAAAGCUUCCUUCUCCUCUUGGAGACCGCAAGGAGACAGAACGAAAGCAACACGGCAUUGGAUUCAACCGGAGAUGUCAAAUAGCCAAGCGCAUUUUUUCGAGCGGAGGAGCCACAGUUCAGAAGGAGGGCAGCCAUAUUGUUGCUUGAGAGCAGAUGGAUAUCUAAAAGGAGUUAAGCAGAAUUGACUACCUCCAGCUGCACUGGUCCAUCUCCUUCUUUCUUUCUUCGUCCUUGUUCUCUCUCUUUCUUUUGGUCUGGGUGUCCAGAUAGACGCCUUCUCAGUUUUUUGAGUGCUUGAAUCAGUAAAGUCAUUGUCAGAUUGUAUCAUCUGAUUUGUGAAUCGUUUUUUGUUGUCACUAUAGACUGGUGGUGUGGACUUAAUUUAUUUAUUACUGAAUAUGACAUGACACCUGCAUGGCAACAAAUAUCGAUUGAGAUGACGAAUACACGAUCGUCUCAACCUUAAAACAUAUCCCGCAAUCCUUAAACUCUUAUGUAUUUCCGUACGUUCAUACUAGCCGCUACCUUGUAAGAACCAAUAUAGCUUCUCAGCUGCUAGAUGCAGUUACGUGAAUCUUGUUUUUAAUGCUGUUUAUCAAAUAUUAAAGUCUUUUCAGUACAUCCGCGAUUAAUGUAGUUAGUUUCACAUUAUGGCUUUUUAUAAAGUCUGUUUCAGUGUUUUUAAAGUCCUUUAGUCAAAGAAAAUUCCUGGUGGCUGCUAAUUUUAUAGACGACUCCGCUUUUGUCAAUGGUCGUGAGAGUUUUAUAGUUUGUAGAUUUUAAUUAAGAAUUAAAAUCGGAUUUUUCUGCCGUACUAGAGUGAGAUGCAUCUGUCAGACUUAAAAUAUGGGUCAAAAUGAACUCGACUAGUAUUACAUAAAAAACAAACCGGUACACCUCUCACUACGAAAAGCGACUUGUUUGAAUACAGAAAUUCAGUGGUCCUUUGACGCCGUCGGAAGAUCUCGCUAGCAGUACAAAGUAACCGUAAUAUAAAACCUACAUGUAUGCUUCUACUUGUAUUUUUGUGCCUUUUAAUAGCAUGGAUCUCCCUGUAAAGAUUAUUUUUGGAUAACCAGCCAUAUAUUUAUUACAGAAAAAAUAUAUAUAUAAUAAUGAUAUUGCACUAGUUAUAUUCAAGAAAAUUCCUCUAGGACAUUUCAGUUGACUUUCCAAGAAAAGCAUAACACGAUCAGGUUUCGACUUCGGUCUCCUGCUGAGUACGAAUCAAUUUAUGCAUGUUCACAUCUGACGUCUUACAUGGUUUGCGCUUACAUUUCUGUACAUACUGAUUUAUGAUAGCUACGACUCAUAUAGAUAAGUGCUAAUGAUUUUGAGACAAAACUCAGAGGUUUUCAGAUUUGAUUUGUACCCUGCUUUCUCUAACUGGUUGUAAUGAUCUAUAUCCUGUGUUGUGGGGAAUAACCUGUUGUCUGCCCAGUCUUCGUUUCUUAAUUAGAGCACAUCAGUUUUUUUUUUUUAGAUACAGUAUGUAAUGUGAAGUUGACAUUUGGUGAGUACUAUCUUGUCCUGGUUAAGGUGGAUGUUUACAAAAACUUGUAUUAACAUUGGCAGCAAUGGAAAUGUCUCUCAUUGUAGUGUUCCACCGAUUUUUAUGCAGUUAGUCCGACAAUCUGAGUCAUUCUGAAGCUCUCGGUGGGGCAUAUCAGAGUAAGUAUUUGCUUUUUCCAUUACAGAUCUCCUGUAAUCCGCUCCAGACCAUUUCAGUGUAGUUCAGGGCAGCGCUGGCAAUGUUACAACAUGAGGUCACAGAUGAUAAACAUGCAAAAUUUAUUUUUACACUCGAAUUGAUUCAGGAACCUCAGUGAACUGGAGAAGUUCUCAGUCUGUCUUGAUGAAGCUUCCUUUGGCGUCUUUGUUGGUGCUCUAAUAAGGUUCCAUGUAAAGAGUCAAUAAGUAAUUGUGACAAAUAAGCUGCACCAUAGAAAUCUUCAUAAGUGGAACAUUCCUACAUGUUGUAUGAGUUUUGUGUGUGAAAACUGUGAAGUGAGCUAAGACCCCCCCAAAAUACAAACCACAGACCACAUGAGCCAGCCAGUGAAAUUCCCACCACUGCCCUGAAACUACUGGGAAGGCACUGUUGCUCUGUUUUGUGAUGCUGAGAUGAGAGGGACGUACAAGGGAACCAUACCAGGAUUUUUCAGAUUUGGCACAUCCCAAUUGCCGCAAUUGGAUCCUGCAUCAUAUUUGUAAGACUGCAGAACACAGCUAGUCAGGAAGCCAGUCAGGGUGCCAAAAGUAAACAAGGAACUGUGCCCCAGUCAUUGACUGGGUGACAGUCUACUGUAUUCUGUAUUUUAUAAGAAUAUAUGCAAAUAUAUGUAUGAGAUGUGAAUAAAGUACAUGUAUCCACCAUCUCUGAGGCUUGGGUGGGCUUCUCAUUACGACUAAUAAAACCAUGAUAGUGACAGUU